GGCCGUUGCGGCGGCCGUUGGCGGCCGUUGGGCGCUGCGGCAGGUGGCGGCCGUUGCCCCGGUGCCGCUGGGGCCUUCGGGCCGUGCCCUGCGGGCAGCGUGAGGCGCCGGGCGGGGAGCCCCAGCGCUGCCCGGGGGUUGUGAAGGAAGGAGGGGAGGGGGGGUGUGGAGAUGGAGAAGUACCAGGUCCUCGGCUUCCUCGGGAAAGGCAGCUACGGGGUGGUGACCAGGUGCCGGCACAAAGAGAGCGGGCGGGUGGUGGCCGUCAAGAAGUUCCUGGAGAGCGAGGAUGAUGCGAUGGUGAGGAAGAUCGCCCUGAGGGAGAUCAAGCUGCUGAAGCAACUCAGGCAUGAGAAUCUCGUGAACCUGCUGGAAGUGUGUAAAAAGAAGAAACGGUGGUAUCUGGUAUUUGAAUUCGUGGACCACACAGUGCUUGAUGAUCUUGAGGCAUUUCCAAAUGGACUAGACUACAGCAGGGUUCGGAAAUACUUAUUUCAGAUUUUAAGAGGAGUAGCAUUUUGUCACAGCCAUAACAUAAUACAUCGGGAUAUUAAGCCAGAGAACAUCCUAGUCUCCCAGUCGGGAGUUGUAAAACUGUGUGACUUUGGUUUUGCUCGCACGUUGGCAGCUUCUGGGGAAGCUUACACGGACUAUGUGGCAACCCGAUGGUACCGAGCCCCAGAGCUGCUGGUGGGAGAUACCAAGUAUGGCAGGGCUGUGGAUGUGUGGGCUAUUGGCUGUCUGGUCACGGAAAUGCUCACAGGAGAGCCCCUGUUCCCUGGAGAUUCAGACAUUGACCAGCUCUACCAUAUCACCAAGUGCCUGGGUAAUUUAAUUCUAAGACACCAAGAGUUAUUCUAUAAAAACCCCCACUUCGCUGGCAUGAGGUUGCCUGAAGUGAAGGAGGUUGAAUCUCUGGACAGACGAUACCCCAAGCUCUCUGCUGCAGUGCUGAAUUUAGCCAAGAGGUGUUUGCAGAUUGACCCAGACAAAAGACCAUCUUGUGCUGAACUCUUGCAGUGCGAUUUCUUUAACGAGGAUGGAUUUGCUGAAAGAUUUGCUCAGGAGCUUAAACUAAAGAUUCAGAAAGAUGCCAGAGACCAUCAAUUACAAAAAAAAUCAAAAACCAGCAGAAAGGAUAAAGAUGAUGCUUUAGAAGAAAGAAAGAUGCUUGGUGUCCAGGAUUUCAACAUUGACCCAAAGAGCAGUGAUGCAAAGCUGUUCAAAGCGAAGUGCUCUAAAGCUGAUGGAGAGAAAGCAGAGCGAUCUUCCAACCACAGCUCCCUGUAUGACAGUGCAAUCAACCCAUUUAAAAUAGGCCCUCAAACCAGCCUAAAAGAUUCCAGCAGCAGCUUGGACUAUGCCAAGAACACAGGCAUAGUUAUUCCUCCCAUCAACCAGAACAUUUCUCCCACUAUGGUUGGGAUGGGGCCUCUGCCUGGAAACCAUAACUACAGAGUUGAUGAAAAGAGCAAAAAAUACUUGAACCCAUUUCUAAAGCAAAGGAAGCGUUCUCCAGCAGGCCAUUAUAGUGUAAGCUUGACAUCGGUUUCUAAUGACAAGAACAUCCUUCAGGCAAACAAGAAAAAAUGGGAGUUCUCCAAGGCAGACGUACGUUUGCCAGAACUAAAUCCUCUCCCUGAACUGAGAGGAGUGGACGCGUGGCAUCCCAGAUAUCUCAAAAAGGAAAAUAAAACAGUUUCAGAGUCACGGGUCCCCUACCUUGCUGCUAUUGAUCUCCAUAACCCAAGUCUGGCCUCACAGCAGAUGUCAGGGAACUCGAUGCCUGAUGCAUCAGAAGCCGGUUUCCCUAGAGUUGAGCACUAGCAUUACAGAGAAGAUCACACUUGCCUUUAAAAGGUGGCUGACACAGUGGGAACAACCCACCCGAAUUUCCAGGUGCUAACACCAGGCGGUCAUCUGGAGAAGAAAGGAGGACUUAUGUUAGCCACUGGACUGCGAUGGGAAGUGGCUUGGGUCCAGCCCGAGGACAGAGCUCUUGCAGCCAUUGCUGCUGGAUUUCUUGCAUGCGAAACAGCUCUCAAAAUGCUGACUUCCUGGCUUCGGGCCAGGCUGCUCAGAAAGAAAUAGUGAUUGUCAGUGUGUGAUGGGCAGAAGCUGCUCUGGAGUAUUUCAGAAGAGGCUGGGCUUGCUUUUUUCUUAACUACUGCCCUCACAAGGGGGGGGUUCUUUUUAAAUGAGUGGUGACGAAAGCAGAUACCUGCUGAAUUUGGUAUGUUUUGGUGGGCUACCUGCUCUGUACUGGAAAGCACCUUUGCCUCGGUAAAAAUAUCCACGAAAAAAUUGUGCAAGAAAUGUAAA